AUGGAGGAUUACAAGACGUACUUGGCCGAGAAUAUCCUCAGUGAGGACAAGGUGGUCACCUAUCGCUUGCUGAGUCGGGCCCUGCGUGUACACCCCAAUGUAGCGAAACAAAUGCUCUAUGAUUUCCACAAGACCCAGAGCAGCAAGAAGCCCGGGACUGUCUAUGCCACUUACCUGCUAUACGGUAUCAAGAAGUCUGUCCAGAAUCAAAAUGGCAACGCCAUGGACAUCGACUUGCCUAGUUCGCUUCCCGACGCGGACCCGGUUGAUGACGAAGAAGUGCCCUCAUACACUCUCGUACUGGUCCAGGAGGAGCGGUUAGCAGACGUCCUCAAAGAGUACGAGACAAUAUCAUCGAUACAUGUCUACAGCGUCGGACCUCACCCAGCGAAGGAUCUUACGCUGCUUGUUGAUGCCGCUCAAAGUGCGCUAGCCAUCAAGGAUGAUGCUAAGAAGCCACGGCCCCGGACCAUCGUCAAUUCUCACGUACGCCGAAGAGAAAGAAAGGGACUCGGACUCAAGGCUGCCGCACCCGCCAAGCAAGAGUCGAAGACCAAAGCAGCACCCACCAAGACGGCACCCGCUAAACCAUCGCCAGCGCCCGCCCCUGCCGCCGCACCAGCAAAGCCCCAGGAGGAGAGCAAAUCCGCUGCACCGGCUAUGGAACCCGAAGCACUGACUGCCACCACCAAGAAACCUGCGCCAUCACUCAAACGUAAUACCUCCGCCGCUUCUGGUAUUAUGCAAGCCUUCUCCAAGGCCGCUUCCCUGCCCAAGAAGGCCAAGACGUCGGAAAAGUCUACAACCGCUGCCGAGGAGACACCUGCUGCCCUGUCAGACGAUGGAGAGGAUGACGAUGACGUUCCGUUGCCAAAACCGGGUGCCGUAUCUACGAGGAAGAGCAAGAAGGAGCGUGAAGAGGAACUGAGGAGAAUGAUGGAGGACGACGAAGACGAGGACAUGGAAGAGACAGCUGAUUCUCCCGUCCCAGAGGAAGAGGAAGAAGAAGAGCCUGUCGUCGAGGAGCCACCCGCCAAGGCUGAGGUUGCCAAAGAGGAGGAAAAGGAGAUCGUGACGACAAGUGGGGAUGGAAGGAGGCGUGGAAAGAGGAGGGUGAUGAAGAAGAAGCAGAUUAUGGAUGAUCAGGGAUAUCUGGUCACCAUACAGGAACCUGCUUGGGAGUCCUUCUCCGAGGAUGAGGCUCCGCCAGCCGCCAAACCAAAGCCCAAGGUUGCGAACUCGGCGCCACCCGCGGCGGCCGGGAAAGCGAAGAAGCCUGCGCCCAAGGGGCAGGGCAACAUCAUGUCGUUCUUCUCCAAGAAAUAGUCUGGGCUGGCUCAACCUUUGCAAAAUCUCUGUAUUUUGGGCUGUAAUUCUGCUUGGUUCAGAUGUUUGAUCAACUUAGCGUGUCACGGGAACUCAAGGCGCCUUUUGCCUGACCCUCAUUAUCACUGACUUUUCGCUUGCUUCUCUUGGAGAGUUACUUGGGCAUCGUGGGGAGAAUUAUACUACAACCAUCUUAUAUAACACCACAACAAGCAAAACGUAUUGCCUCCCUU